AUGGUUCUCAAACCCCUGGAUACCAUAGAGUUCAUUGAUGCGAGCCACUCACCAGUGCUCCAUCGAGAUCUACGGGGUCAGUUCGCACGCAUCGUUGGCGGUGAAGGUCACCACUAUGUUGUAGAAGGCGGCAGGAAACUCUUUGACGCUUCUGGAGGCGCUGCCGUCGCUUGUAUCGGUCAUGGUGACAAGAGAGUGGCAGACGCUAUGGUGAGGCAGAUCAAUAGCAUCGCAUAUAGUCCUUCGACAUUCUUCACAACCCCCACCUGCGAGAAACUUUGCCAAUUCCUCGUCGAUUCGACCGGCGGUCGGAUGUCACGAGCCUAUCUAGUCAGCAGUGGGUCCGAGGCUAUGGAGGCAGCGAUGAAGCUUGCAAGGCAAUUCUUCCUAGAGAAGGAUACGCCAGAACCGCAGAGGCAUCUGUUCAUUGCUCGAGAAAGGUCUUACCAUGGAACAACUCUCGGCGCACUCUCUAUGGGUGGUCACGUUUCUCGUCGAGCCAAAUUUACGCCGAUGCUCCUCGACAAUAUCGAGCUUGACGAUGAGUUUACCCGGGCUCUGGGUUGUGUCCCAUCAGUGAGCGGAUAUUUUAAGGCUGUUAAGGCAGUUUGCGAUCGACAUGGUGCCCUACUUAUUAUGGAUGAGGUCAUGAGCGGCAUGGGCCGCUCUGGGACUCUUCAUGCUUGGGAGGGUGAAGGGGUAGUACCCGAUAUCCAGACUAUUGGCAAGGGCCUAGCCGGGGGUUACCAGCCGAUUGCCGGCGUCCUAGUCAACAAGGGAGUAGCUGAUGUGUUGGAGAGGGGUUCCAGUUGCUUCGUUCACGGACACACAUAUCAAGGUCACCCUAUUGCAUGCGCAGCAGCACUCGAAGUACAGCAUAUCAUUGAGUCGGAUGGUCUUCUAGUCAACGUACGAGCCAUGGGCCAAUUGCUUUCAGAACUCUUGAGAGGGGGCCUCAAGGACGAGCCUUGUGUGGGAGAUGUCCGCGGCAAGGGACUCUUUUGGGGCAUCGAGUUUGUGCGGGAUAAGGUGAGCAAGGAACCUUGGCCCAGAGAAGCACAGGUGGCAACGGAGAUGAGCGAUCUUGGGCGCACCGAGGAAUACGGCAUUGUGGUUUACCCUGGUGCGGGAACUAUGGACGGCGUUCUAGGCGAUCACAUCAUUGUGGCGCCACCGUAUACUGUGACACGGAGCGACGUUGAGUUCAUUGCCGACACGGUGGUGAAGCUGAUCAAGGGAUACUUCGCAAGACUGAAGCAGUCUGAGUCAGCUGUCUGA